AUGGAUAGUUAUUUAUGCUUGUUCCUCGCUGUUUGGUUUUUGCGCGUUGCAGGAGUUAUUGCUGCUAAUGAUGACCCCUGUGCUGUUGACCAAUACUUUCAGAAAUGCGUGAAUCCUAAGGCUCGCGGGUCUGUCAGCUUCGAGUUCAAGCCACUUUUCCCCAAAGCCCUGGACUUCGUGUACGCGUUCGACUCGGAAACCCAAGAAGAAGCUGAUAAACAAUAUGUCCCCGAAGGCUCAACCCCUGCGCCAGAUUCAAAAGUUGCGUUCUGGCUGGAGUACCCGGAAGUCAACCUGAACCCGACGGCGCAUGCGGGAGACAUAUAUGCUAGUGUUGAUGAACGAGAAUUUCACCGGCGACCCCAGUGGAGGCAACAAUGGCUGCGAUGGCCUCUGGGGAGCCCAGUGUUCCAAAAACCUAGCAGCGUGGUUUAA